AUGGGCGCGGGAGCAUGCUGCAUGCAAAAGCGCUUGGAUACAUCAGCGGAUUGGAUAGGCGAUGCCUUUCCAGUCGUUCAACCAGAUGACAACAGUCCUUGCAGCUUUGCCCCUCGAGCUGCUGACGUGGUGGUGGGUUCGAAAGAUCAUGAUGUCUUCGAGGACUUUGCCGAGGAGGUGUCAUUUCAGAUCGCCAGCGGCCGUGGGUCACCCCAGGUGGAAGCGGCCUCCUGGCUUCCCGCCAACUACGAGAUUCGACCACCGGAGCCAGAAGAAGUUCCUCAGAUCUUCAUCGCAGUCCAUCGGAAGACGCGAGUCCCGCGACAGCUGUGCAGCUUCCGAAAACCUUUUGGUUCAGCUGCCCAAGAGCGACUUCACUCGUGCAUUUUCUCGAUGCAGAGGCUUUCGGACAAUGAAGCUAUAGCCAAGGUCUUUGAAGUCUUUGAGGAUUACGUGAACAUUCAUUUAGUUCAAGAGCUUUGUACAGGGGGCUCAGUUUAUGAGCGCAUUCUGGAGAGACAAUAUUUCACAGAGCAGGAAACUGCUGUUCUGGUAAAGCAUAUGCUACAAGCCUUGGUACCUUUGCAUGCCAAUUACAUGCAUCAUGGAAGCUUGAAUCCCGAGAGCUUCCGAUUCCUCAACGCGUCACCUCAUUCGCCCUUGAAGCUGGUGGAUUUUGGCUUGGAGCUCAAAGCCCAUCGCUGGGAUGCCGUGGAGCAUGUGGGUGGCCCUGACUUGCAGAAUCCCUCCUUGCCGCAUUUCUUUGAGACGUGUAAGCUAGUCUUUCUGGCGCCCGAGUUCGCCCCGCAGCCCAAGCGGAAGAAAGAUGUUGGGAAUGGGAAUGACCUUGAGGUCAGCAGCAAUACAUGGCUCCCGGAAGAUCAAGUUGAUCGCAGUCUUUUGGAUGAAGAGCUGCUGGCCAAUGUGCUCGUGGAACAUGCAGACUGGGUCGAAGAGCAGCGGCUGGCACUUGCAGGUUCAAGUGGCUAUUCUACCAAAAACCAAGCUGCAGAUAUUUGGAGCAUUGGAGCCAUCGCGUUUCUCCUUCUUUGCGGCUAUCCUCCCUUCUUUGCUCCUUCCCGCAAUGCCAUCCUGACACGGAUUCAUCGUGGAGAGGUGGCAUUUGAUCCACCAUUUUGGUCCAAGAUUUCAGAGGAUGCUAAGAGCUUCGUGUCCGGCUGCUUGCAGCAUUCUUUCUGGGAUCGCUUGACCCUUCAAGAUGCUUUAAGCCAUCCAUGGAUCCUACGGCUAGCUGACAACUCACCAUCCGGUUCGAUGUUUGCUUCAUUCAUGUUGAACUUGCGGCGCUUUUACCGCACUUCUUUGAUCGAGGUCUUUACCGCCAGCAUCCUGGUUAAGAAGUUUCGACAAGAAGAAUUGCAGGAGUUUCUGUGCCGCUGCAAGGAGAUUGACAUGAGCGGCAACGGCUUUUUCACGGCUUCAGACUUGAAGCACGUGUUGACCGCUGUGGGGCAUCCAACCAUUGCAGAAGCUAUAUCCACCAGAUUUCUCCAAACAUUUCGUCACCCAGGCGAGUCUUACAUAGACUACAUGGCACUGCUUGAUUCAGUUCAUUUGCAGCAGCAACGCAGCUUCGAAGAUGAAUUGUGGCGCCAUUUUCAGCGAGUCUUACAAAGCAGCGGUCGCUGUGGGGUGGAUGGAGUUUGCAGCUGCUUGUCCUUGGAUGAUUUAGGCAUUGUCUUUGGGGAUCCGGUCAUUGUUGGACUGCUCAUGCGGGAAAUCCCUGACAGUCCUGGCUUGGAGGAUGCAACUGUUUGCCAUCGUCUUUUACAAGCACUUCAGGCAGAGUGCAAUGCUAGAGGCACGCGGCAACUGGAUUUCCGCUGUCUUUGCAGCUUAAUCCUGCGGCAGUUAAAGACCCUUUGA